UGGAAGGCGGACAUUGCUCACGCGCUCUCCCUGUCUGUCUCUCCUUGCACGUCUAGCAGUAUCCCUGUCUUUGGUAUGUUAAUCUACCCGUUCCCUCGUCGUUAUUACGAUCAAUAUCUUCCCAAAUGAACCGAAAGCGGGAGUGAUUCUUUGAAAACUGUCGGAUCUCGGCUAGGAGGUCCAUGAAACUCACGCCACAUUCAAGAGCGGAUCUCCCGAACGCUCUGCCGGCCAAGGAGAGAAAGGUUGUUUUGAUAGAGCCAGUGUUGUGAAGUGCUUCUUGGGUUGUUUGGUGUUUUGGCUGAGGGUGGACUUUCGGGAUGUAUAUUGUGUGUGUGCGCGCCUAAGGAAUUUACCUCCAAAUCAUCGUUUAGAGAAGGAUGUAGGAGUCUCUCCACCAUGUUAUUCUUGGUGGCUUACUUCGUUCUCGCGGCGACGCUCGUCUUCGCCCUCCCCCAAGACCUUCCCCCGGGUGGCAUACCGGACUCAAACGAACAUCGCUACGGUGGAAUCGAAUCCGGACAGUCCUCUGACUCGACGGGAGCGUCUCUCUCCUCCCUCUGGUCCUUCAGCACGGUCACUGAGGAUAGGUACGACCACGCACUCCACGGCGACCAACAUGAACUGACGCCAUACUUCCAAGACUACGAAAAUGAGACGAACAUCACAGCCCAACUAGGUUCCACUGCUUAUCUUAACUGCCGCGUCAACAGACUCCGUGAUAAGACGGUGUCGUGGAUGAGGAGAGAUGGAGAAAACAUCAAGCUACUCACGUGGGGUCUCCAUACCUAUAGUAAUGAUGCCAGAUUUUCCCUGAAUUUUGAACACCCAAACAACUGGAAGCUACAAAUUAAAUACACAAAUAAGAGGGACCAAGGAAGCUACGAGUGCCAAGUGUCAACACAUCCCCCUAAAGUCUUGUAUGUUCGACUCAACAUUGUGGCCCCCGUGGUAGAGAUCAUCGACGAGCGCGGCGCCAGCGUGCUCGAGAAGUUCUACAAGACCGGCAGCACCAUCGAACUCAAGUGCACCAUCAGCCAGAUGCCCCAAGCUCAGACGUUCAUCCUGUGGCGCCACGGUGACCACAUGCUCAACUACGACACGUCCAGGGGCGGUAUCAGCGUGAAAACCGACAUGAGCAGUUCAGUCAUAGUGUCCACCCUGUUCAUCGCAAACGCUACUCCGCGAGACUCCGGGAACUACACCUGUUCGUUGGGAGAUGUUGCCACGGGCAGCGUUCUCGUGCACGUGCUGAACGCAGGUGAGCACCCAGAGGCCAUGCAGCAGGGCUCGGGGACGAAGGACCUGUUCUCCCUCUUCCACGUGGUCCUGCUCGCCAUCGCCACCACCAUAUUCAACACACUCUACCCUACCCACGGCAGAUGAUCUCUCGGAGGGGCAAGGCACUCCAGGAAUGCCCCAGCUGGCGUGUGAGGUCAGCUGAGGUCGGAUCGUAACUGGCGUGGGAGCAAGAAAUUAAAUAGGUAGUCACGUGAUAUGAUACAAGGGAUUACAUUGCUUGCUUUACCACCAAGAGCGCCCACCCUUGAAGAUCUGGUUCGAAGUGGAGUAUUUAAUUGUGUAAGGUAACCGAACUCCAUAAUUUUAAGAGUAACAAAGGCGGUCUAUUUCGAGGUCAAACUUCAAUGUCCUUUCAUGGAGAGAUUCAGUAAUGUUUCUUUCCCGACUCCCUACACCCUCCCUUCCUCUUCCCCCUGUCCGAGCCUCCCUGUGCUAGAAAUAUCAAUAUCCAUCUUAUCCAGUAUCCAAACAGAGAUUAAAAACCAAGAACAUAGUGUACGGGAUCUGACUUAAAUUAUUAUUUUUAAAUCCUAGAAAGUGAAACUAAAGCGUUCUUCCAGACCUUACUGCACGCAAGGAGGUAGAUGACCUUGGUUGAUCUCGCGUGCACAGGUCAGACCAAGCUGCGAGUGGGUUACCUCGUGUAAACAAAAUAAACAAGUCAGGCGGAGACCGAGUUGUAGGAAAUGAAAUACGUCUGGCAUAACAGGCGCAUAAAAACAACAAAACUGAAAUUAUAUUCAUGCGUUGUUGAACACCGUGAAAUGGAAGCAGACGGGGGAAAGUUUAAGAGUAUUAUAUAUUAUCCAUUGUGAAUUAUGGUGCCAGACGGGUCAAACGUUCAGUAUGUAUUAUAAUCAUUCUGGUGUACAGCUCAAAUUAAUAGUAAGUUGCCAUGAAUGAUGACUUGCUAGUUAAGUUUAAGCUUAGCUAGCAGACCCUAGUCAAGGUUAUAGAUUUAGGAAAUAAACUGCUAACAGUUAUCAGACUAGAGAGAAUCAGAAAAGGUAAAAUAAUGAAUGAUAAACUAUUCACAUGUGCUGUAUGUAUCGACAUCAGAAUUCGAACGAUUACUAAAAGCUAUAUUACUAAGAUAUUGGAAGGAAGUGGUUUAAUAGCGAUUACAUAACACCAGUGUGCGACCACGUGAAACAGCGGCCAAGAUAGGCACUGUGUUUGGCCACAGUGUGGUUGGGAAACGGGACCAAAUACAAGAAAAACAUCCUCGAAUCUUGCUUCGUCUAAUCCGUAAUACGAAAGAGAUGGUACUCUUAAUCAUGAGACAAGAUGUAUUGACAAGACUGGUGAUUUAAUAACGUGUACAAUAGUGGUUUGCAUAUGCUUGUGAUUAAUGGAAAGCUUCUGAAGAAAAAUAAUGAACUCCAAAACCCCCUCAGCUGUUAAGGUGAAAUGAGAGUAAUUAUCCGUCAGAGGUAAACAUGAUUGGUGAAGUUACAAGAAAGGGCGAAGACUAGAUAGCCAGUGGAGAGGUUGAUGGCGAUGGAAAGCAAGGAAAAAGUGUGCCGAAAGGAAACGUGAACCCUGAAUUAUCUUCAGGGCAGAUGGAAGUGAGGAGCCAAAUAAUAAAGAGACAUUAAUGAUAGAUAAUAGGAAACCCAAAUGGUUUGGUAAUGGACCAGUGUAAGUAGUUAUAAGUGAAACGACUGAUGAUAGGCGACGUGUCGAGUUUUGAGCAGUAUCAGUCUCGACAUGGGCUCUUUGGAAUGUUUUGAAAAAAAGUUGAAGACUGUUGAGAGAAUAAUUGACAGCAAAGGUAAAGAAAAUAAAAAUAAAAAAUAGGAAAUAAAAACGACGAUUCUAUAUCACAAAGAUAACGAACUUCACACCGUCUUUGUGAGUGCAUAAAAUGUCAAAAAUAAAUCAAACACUGUGUGAAAUACAGCUCAAGAUUCACACAGCAACGAGGCGGGGCACCGAACCAUGAGCAGGACAUCGUUAUCAGCCCAUUAAGUUAUAACAGAUGUCAGUUGCCGCACAGGCUCCUAAUACGCCUGCGUCAGCGCCCAUUUUUCACUGUUGAACUCUGAUCUGAGAGAAUGACCAUGGACAGCGAGUAGGUCCGCUCAUUUCUUGUGUUGAAACAUUUUCAUGAAUAUAUAUGAUAUAUAUUUUAUUCAUACUUAUAUACUUGACAUGUAAGACAGCUGCACUUAGAGUUUACUGUACUUGUGUGCUAUACAGUAUAUCAGGUGUGUUAUCCAUUAUACCAUGUGUGUUUUCAAGUGUAUCAAAUGUGUUACACAGUAUACCAUGUGUGUUAUACGGUAUAUCAGGUGUAUUACAUAAUGUAUUAACACGACUUUAGGAAAAUACUAAAUUUGGCGUGUUACAGCAAG